AUGAAAUUAGAAGCAGCUUAUUUAUUUUUAAUUCCAGGAUCAGACUGUAAGGUGGAUAGCAUCAAUGGGCGUUGUGUCAGUGUGUACAGAUGUUUGGGUACACUUUUAGACAAGAAGAGACAUAGAAAAACACCGAUAUGUUCUUUUCAAGGCAAGACGCCCAUAGUAUGCUGCACAGACUGCGACCUGGUUGAUGAUGUCAGGAAUAUUAUAAUAAACGAACGUUUGGGCUUCCUCUACAAAACUGGGCGGAAAGCUGAAGAUGCUUGCACCAAGUACAAAAAUGAAGUGGAUUUCGCCUGCAAACAUAAAUACGAAGAGACUAUUAAAUUCGAGUUGACUCGCUACUACAAGAUAUCUAAAAACUGCUAUAAUGUCACUGUGACAGACUUUGAUCUGGUCUUCUAUACCCUCGGAAGUGAUGCUGCAAGGUACCAGUAUACACAUAUGGCUCUGCUCGGGUAUGGCGAAGACAUGGACUCAGCUCUCUGGCUCUGCGGAGGCUCUGUGAUCAGUGAGCGGUUCAUCCUCACAGCUGCCCACUGCAUAUCACAGCCAAGAGUAGGACCCGUGAAGUACAUCGCGCUCGGCAUCCUCCGACGCUCCGACCCUCUGGACAAGUGGCAGAGGUACAACGUGAGGAGGGUGGUGCCUCAUCCGGAGUAUAAGUCGCCCUCCAAGUACCACGACAUCGCACUGCUCGAGACUGAUACACCGAUACAAUUCAAUGAUGACGUGCAUCCAGCGUGUCUCCACACGAAGGGAGAGGCUGAAGAGGUUCUGACGGGCACCGGGUGGGGAGCCCUGGGUAACAGAAAGCCGCUGGCUGACACAUUACAAACUCUGGAUAUAAAAAGGUUCAGCGAAGAGGAAUGUAAGCAGCACUACCCCAAAUACAGACAUCUUCUGCAAGGAUACAAUCACACCACACAGAUGUGCUACGGAGACAGAGUGACUGUGGCUGAUUCCUGCGAGGGUGACAGCGGCGGACCACUUCAGUCAGAAACUCUAGACGAGCAUCACUGCGUGACGACCGUGGUCGGAGUGACGUCAGCUGGGAAGCAGUGCGGCAUCACUGUUGGCUCCGGACUGUACACCAGGGUCAUACACUACGUGCCCUGGAUCGAGAGCGUCGUCUGGCCCUGAGAAACGACAUACAAGGAGGGAAGGAUCAGCCAGCUUGGAUGCUUGACGAAGAUCUGAACAUUAAAUAAACAUUACUUAUCUA